AUGUAUGUACAUAAAUAUUUAUUCUAUGAAAAAGAUUUACAAUGUAUAGAAUCAUUAUCAUUGAUACAAUCGAAACAACUUAUUGAUAUAAUUCAUUAUUUAUAUGAUUGUCGUGUUAUUCAUCGUGAUAGUAAUCCUAUAAAAUUAAUUGAUUUCGGUUUUGCAUUUGCAUUUAAUAUGGAUAACAAGGGGGCAGCAUAG